CUCUGACUGCACAGCUCCGAGGAGGAGAGCUCCGGAGAGAGGGGUGCACCAUGGCCACAGCCUUUGCCCCGAAGGUCAGCCAGCUCCUGAUGACCCCAGAGCCACACUACAUCCCAGGCUACGGCGGCCACUGUCCCCAUUACAAGUUCACGCUGGGCCAGUCAUAUGGGAAACUGACGUCGCAGCUGCUCACUAGCCCCGAGGUGGUGCGCUCAGGCCAGCUGCUGCUGCAGGCCCGGCGAUGCUGCCCCCAGGAGAGAGAGGCGGAGGGCAGUGGAGGAGGACCGGCAGCCCCCUUUGGGCGCCACAUGAUCCCGGGCUAUACAGGCUUCAUCCCGCGGGCACAGAACCACUUUGCCAAGAGCUUCAGCAAAAUCGCCAAGGAGGCCAGGAGCGAGUUGGCCAGGCAGCUGGGGAGGGGAGCCGUGGCGGCAGCAGAAGCGCCUUUGCAGCCCCUCAGGCCAGCGGACUCCAAGGUUGGGGGGGGCAGCCGUAAUGUUUCCCACGGCCCACCCCCGCCCCACCCCUUGCCCCUCCUGUGCCAGCAGCUCCUCACCGCCAAGUACCAGACCCCACUGGAAGCCGUGCCCAGCACCAACGCCCCCCGCCAGGUGCCCCGCCGGGCCUUCAAGCCACAGGGCUCCCCCUACGCCAUGGAGGACAGCAACCCCCAGAAGUACUUCAUUCCAGGCUUCACCGGCUUCAUCCCCCGGGCCCAGUAUCUGAUCGGGGCCAGCUACCCAGUGAUCACCCACCGGGCCUUGGUGGAGUUUGGCCAGAUGCUCCGGAGAGCCGGGCCAGAGCCUUCAGGGAGCCCCCAAGGCCGCCGAGCCCUCCCACCGCUGGCCAAGACCUACCCCACCAACAGGGGCCUCCUGCCCCACUACAAGGGCUACGUGCCAGGUUACAAGUUCCAGUUUGGCCACACCUACGGCUGCCUGACCUGCAAUGCCCUGGGCCGGAGCACCCUGGAGAAGCAGGCGCAGGAGGCCCUGCUGCCCUAGAGGGAGACUCCCCCUGCCCCAGGGAGAAGAGGACAGGCAAGACCCCCACGCCACAUCCUGUCUGGGGCUAGACGGACCAAGAAGGCAGGAUUCCCAGCGAGGGCAUUUUCCGUCCGAGGACAAGGGGCAGGAACUCCUCACUCCUGCGGUUUCAACUGUAGAAACAAAGCCUUUCCGCUGUCUAGAAGUGGGCCAGGAGGUGUGACAAGUACUUUAAAAUCCACUCAACCAAGAGAGUAAACAUUGCUGGAAUAAAAUGCUUCUUUGAAUUAGAA